AUGGCAAAGAAGUUGCACGAAUUAAAAGUUGCCGAGUUAAGAAGCGAAUUGGAAGAACAGGAUGAAGCGACAAGCUGUGAGAUCGAAGUAGUUUCUUUAACUGCUGAAAAACUGGAAGAGAGUUUACAUGUUCUGCGGGUUGGCUUCUUUCCACAAGAAAAUGUAUGUAGGGCCACUCAAGUAGCACAAAAUUUAAAUGCAAUGAAAGAAUUAGAAAAUUUAUGUGUCGAUGUUGCUAAAGAAGGAUGCUCAAUAAUUGCAAUAGACAGGAUAACUCAAAAAGUUGUUGGAGUGGCUUUCAACAAAUUACAGGCAAAUAACGAUAACACCAUCUUUACGUAUGAAGAAUAUAUAAACAAUUGUAGAGAAGAACCAUCUCGUGCUGUAAUACAAUUCAUGUUGGACAUGGAUACCUAUGCAAAUCUAUUUGAACAUUGCAAUGUUAAUUGCUUGCUCGAAAUCAUGUUUUUAGCUGUACAUCCUGAUUUUGUACAAAAAGGUGUUGGAAAAGCACUUUGUACAACUGUAAUUGAAUUAGCAAGGAAGCUAAAUUGUGGUGAAAAUGUAAAAGUUCCAUUGGAUGACAAACCUUUGGGUUUAGAACCUCGACCGCGUAUUGUAAUUGCAGCGUUCACGUCAUUUAUAAGUCAAAGAAUUGGCAAGUUCCUUGGUUUCCAGAAAAUUGUCGAAAUUGAUUAUGAAAACUUUUCAUAUCAAGGUGUAACUUACAAAACAUCGGUAGGUUCUCAUACUCCUACCACUACUUUAGAAUACUAUAAAUUAUGAACUGAUUGAUUGUAAAAUCAGUAAGAAGUGUUAGGUAAUUCAUUCGUAUAUUUCAUACACCACAUGGUAUCAUAUACACCUUAGUCGUCAAUAAUCCUUUGAAAUUUAUAUUAAAUUAGCAUCGUUGGUGUGUUAGUUACUGUAAAUUGUACAUGCUCGGUAUAUUGUUAUGUACAAUUUUAUGCACUAUGUCUGAUCAGUAUUCCGAAAUUUUUGAAAAGUAGCAUCUGGAGGCACUGUAGAGUACAUCUCAUGAUAGCACCACAACGAUAGGUAUGUAAAAUGUAUGCACAAAAUUACCCCAAUUACCGGGCCGCCAAUGAUUGAGAACAGUUAACAGUUUCGUAACCGCAUUAUCUUAUCGCCUUUCAAUAUCGCAAGCGUUAACUGACGAAACACAUAUACCUAUUCGUGACUUUCGCAACAGCUGACAUAAACAGGUCAAUUUCACGUAAUGAUUAGUAAAAAUCUGCGUCCGUUGCGUUUGAUUGGCAAAGUUACUGCUAAUACCACAAAAUACAAAAAUAAAUUGAGUGUGAAAAUAUGAAGAUAAACCAAUGUAUUCACAUGUAUAAUAUGUUGGUCACACAUGGAUGGUUCAGUGGCGGCAUCACGCGAAUACGCGUUAUAAUCAUCAUUACCGGAACGGUUGGAGCUUUUGGUAAGUUUAUGUCCCUGAGUAGUGCGAGAUGGCUCAUUCUAUUUGUUCUUUAUAUUUAUGCCUUCCUCUCCCUUAAUUUUUUCGGAGUACUAAUCAGACCUAAUGUAUAUUGUUUAGAUAUAGGUAAUGAAAUAUAUACCUACAUACUCUUGCUGAUGAAACAAACGAAGCACUAAUUGGAUCAUUUCCCAAAAGAAUAUAUGAUUUGUUAGAAUUGUAUCAAAUUUUCUAAUUUUUUCGUUCUAAUUACUGGUUUCAAUGUUGGUGUCUAAAAUAAUAAAAACUUUAUCUGAA